UUUGCAGUUCCUUUCGAAAAUUUUCAGCUUGACUUUAUUUUUCUCCAACAAACAGUAGACUACAGAGAUACUUUCAAAAUCUGAGUAGCGGCAAUUAGUUUGAAACUUUGGUUUACCGUUUGCUCCGGAAGGAGCCUAGCGUGAGUGUUUUCAUGUCGUAAACGAGUUAGAAAACGAGUAUAUAAUUAAUAGUACACCAUGGAACUAGCUAUGCAGCCUCAUUAAAAUAUCUUGUCUGAAAGAUGGGUUAAGCCUAGGGAGUUCUGCAAGCUAGAUUUGAUAUAGGGAUGGCAAGCUUAAGGAUGGAAAAGAGGCACUCUUCAUUAACGACCAACUUUUGGCCAACAAAAAUUCACAUCACCGACAUCAGGCUGUAAGAAGAACAAUAGGUAACACACCUCUAAGUUGACUGAUAUCAAUCGAUUAUAAUAUGGUGCUGAAUACGGAAUGGGCCCAGGUGGAGGCGAUAGCUCUGGUGAAUGAUGGCUCGGGGUUGGGGUUUGGAAUCAUCGGUGGACGUAGUACCGGUGUAGUGGUAAAAACGUUGACUCCCGGUGGUAUUGCAGAAAGGGAUGGACGACUUCGGAGUGGAGACCAUAUUUUACAAAUAGGAGACCUCAAUUUGAGAGGAAUGGGCUCCGAACAAGUAGCUGCUGUGCUUAGGCAGUGUGGGAACCAGGUUCGUUUUGUUGUAGCUAGACCUGUUGAGCCCCCUUCAUUAGAUUACCACAACAUUCCAAAUAAUGCCCCGAUUAUUCGCACCCGCAUUCUUGCUGAUCCAGACCAAAUCGACCGCCACUUGAUCAUGCUUCAACAACCCAAAACUUCCUUUAUAAAAAAUACAGUAUUCAAUGGUGAUGAUGAUGUCACUGGCAGCCAAGAUGGAUAUCUAAAUCAGACGUCGAUCGAUUUUCAAACAUCCUUAAAGGCACAAAGCGAAGAACUAGAAGGACCUUCUACUAACAACACUCAGAACAAGGUGGCGAUAGAUCUGCCUGAAAUGGAGACCUUCGAGGUGGACCUUAUUAAAGAUCAGCAAGGCUUAGGUAUCACCAUAGCGGGGUACGUCUGUGAAGAAGAGGACAUUUCUGGUAUAUUUGUGAAGAGUAUUGCCAAAGCUAGUGCUGCUGACCUUUGUGGCCGGAUCAAAGUCAACGACCAAAUUAUCGAGGUGGACGGUCGGUCUUUACGUAGUUACAAUAAUCAUCAGGCAGUGGAUGUAUUACGAAAUACCGGAAAAAUCGUCAAACUUCGGCUCGCUCGCUAUCUAAGAGGGGCUAAAUACGAGCAGCUUCAAGAAGCCAUUGCAAGCAAUGAGUUGAAUACUUCUAUCAGAACUACAACUGUGUCAGUUCACGAGCCGAAGAUCUACCACUCCAAUAACUCAAAAAAGGUAGAACCAUUUAAGGAGCGUCAACGUCCAAGUACCAUCAACUUUAUCGCUAAUGAUAAUUACAAAAUAGAUGCUGCUAUAAAGGCUAAGUGGGAAAAAAUAUUGGGUCCCAGUUAUGAAGUUGUGAUUGCUCUAUUUUCCAAGCUUCCCGGCACCAGUAUGGGAAUCAGCCUUACGGGAACUGUUGAUGUAGAAGGCGAUAUAGAAGUGCGACCUCACCACUAUCUGCGCUCUAUUUAUAACGACGGACCUGUCGGUCGAAACGGAAAGUUAAGAAGCGGAGACGAACUAUUGGAGGUUAAUGGUAAAAAACUCUAUGGUUUGAACUACGUCGACGUUGUUACUACCUUGAAAGAGCUUCCAUCAGAGAUACGCCUGGUAUGUGGUCGGAAUCUUCAUCAGUCUUUACAAAGUAUCAUACCUCUUUCUGCUAGGACUUUUGGCUCAUCUCUUUCUUAUCCUCCCUUCACUAGUAUCGACUAUGAAGUAGCCUCUAUAGAUGAUGCUGAGAGCAAAGGAUCUGUUUCCGAAACCUCGGGAGGAAGUCUCUCAUCUCUAUCCCCACUCUCCGAAAGAUUAGUGAAAGCCAAAUCUGAAGGUUUUCUUUCUGUUGGUGUUCCACCGGAAACAACGUUUACUAAACUUAAGUCUAGGUCUCUAGAGCCCUUAACGGCUUUAGCUAUGUGGAGCGAUGAGCCGCAUGUAAUUGAACUUCCCAAAGGAGACCGAGGAUUAGGAUUUAGCAUUCUAGACUACGAAGAUCCUAUGAAUGCUAAUGAAACUGUAAUUGUUGUACGAAGCCUGGUACCAGGUGGCAUUGCACAGCAAGAUGGCCGACUACUUCCUGGAGAUCGUUUAUUAUUUGUCAAUGACAUCCCUUUAGAAAAUGUUUGUCUUGAGACUGCUGUCCAAGCACUAAAGGGGGCAUCAAAAGGGGUGGUGAGGAUUGGUGUCGCCAAACCUCUCCCCCUUCCCGAAAAUGAUCAGAUGACACCGACUGACACAAGCUGCAUUUCUGACCAAUCAAGAAGAUAUUCUACAAACCUCCCAUGAAGCAAGCUGCAUUUUUUGUACAAUCAAGAUCUUCUAUAAACCGGCCGUGAAAUAUGGUGCAUUUCGGACCAAUCAAGAUCUUCUAUAAACCGGCCGUGAAAUAUGGUGCAUUUCGGACCAAGCAAGAUCUUCUAGAAACCGGCCGUGAAAUAUGGUGCAUUUCGGACCAAUCAAGAUCUUCUACAAACCAGCCGUGAAAUAUGAUGUAUUUCUGACCAACCAAGAUCUUCUACAAACUUUUCUUACACAAUGUGUCUUGUUAACUUGGAGCUUCACUCUAGGUAAACAAGUGACCCCUUACAGAGCUCUUCGGACACACAGCAGCUUCUUCACAGACGGCCAAUCUUGUUACUGAAAACUGACGUUCAAGACCAUUUGAAGAUAUUUAACUCUAGUUAUGUAACAAUCCUCGCUGAUUUUACAGCCAAUUAUAGCAGCGCUGACUGUAAGUGAUCUUCUAAAAAAAGAUUCAUGGUUUGUGAAGGCAUGUGACGCUAAAAAUCGGGUUUCGGAGGGAAGAGCACAGAUAAUCCAUUAUACAGC